GGCGGGACCAUAAAUGUUCGUGAGCGAAGUGGAUUCCACUCUCUUCUCUUCACACCCUCUAGUCUCGCACUUCAUUACCGACGAAUUCCAACAUCAGGAGGGGCAACCUCUUCAGAACUAACUGUCCGACUGAAUCCAAUGGAGUAUUCCAACACCGUCGCCUCGUGGGUCGGCGUUGGCGCGACGGCCAUUGGCCUUGCAUCUCUGGUGACGCAGGGCACCUUGAUCCAGGAGCGAUUGGAUCCUUACUAUGAUCUCCGGGAUAAAGAAUUCCUUGGGCCUUGGGUCACAGUUCAGUAUGCGCAAGGAUGGUGCCAAUUCUGGAAACCUUCCCUUCGUGGCCCAGUCAUCACCGCUUCCAUGUCCACGGGCUUGUGUGGCAACAACACCGUCCAGCUGACACGAAAACCGCAUAUGCUCGCGGGAAGAGCGUCUUGGACUGUGGUGAUGGGCGUCUUUCACCCCAGAUCACCUGGGCGCAAUCCUUCAAGGAGUGGAUCACAGCUGACGACAUUCACCAUGUCUUCAUCCGAGACAUGUGUACCUGGAAGUCAGCUUGAUUACGCAUAUGCAAAAAGCCCGUCGCAGAUGGCUCGCCCUGAAGCCUUGAUUUGGUCGGGGCUAGACCUCCAGCCACUUAUCAGACACCGAUCCACCGCGGGUGUUCUUAUAUCCCGAACAACGCUUGUCACAUUGCUUUGCAUCUCUAAUGCAAGGACAAUUUUUAGCCACUGCAGCGCCUCGGGGUAUCGAGCUUCGUUUCCGUCAUACAUUGGUCUCUGGACCAUCGAGUGGCCCAUUGGAGAACAGGCUUUGGUGCGCCUAUCAGCCCACGACAUGUUCGCCAAUCCGGCCUCAGACCCUUAUCCAUACUCAUUUGAGCAGCGGGUUGACCGCUGUAUGGAAAUGCUGGCAGGCAUCCUUGACAACAGGCAUGGGCUAUGUGUCGCCUUUCCCGGGAGGAAGGCCGUCCCUGGGCGUCUCGAACUACAGCACCGGGGCUUUGCUGGAUCCCACGGCAGUCGUCAUUUGUACAAUAUGUCCGGGGGUCGUGCAUACGAAGUCGACCUUUUGUUUCGACGCCCGAUUUCUCAGGAUGAAGUCGCGGAACUCGAUGACCCAAUGGCCCUGGUACUGCAGGUCCCAAGUCUUGAUCCGGGCCAGACGGUACCCUUAAUAGUACCUUCAUAUUUAUGCCCUUUACUGGCCCAGGUACUGGAUUCUUUGCCGUGGACAAGUCUGUCUUGGUCUAUGCAUCGUGGGAUGCGCGAUAUUCUGUUAGCGUUCGGCAAAAGCACAAUGGAUGGCUACCGAGUCGAACUGGCAGAGUCGCUAAAGCAGGCAGUUCUGGAAAACGAGUCACUGUUGAUUUUGAAGGACUGGGCCCCCAAUAUGGUGAGCGGAAACAUGCCUAACAUCGUGUAUUCCUCAGUGAUGGCUGGCGUGGGUGAUAGUGGUGACAUCGUCCGGGUAGUAACUGAAGUAGCUAAGUUACUGGUUACUGAGAGGGGAAGUGCCCUGGACGAGACCUUUUUUUGGAGGAAGCCUACGAAAGGGACACAUCAAGAUGGUCAGGCACUGCAAUCUCCUCUUGGGUCGGAUGCUAUUGUUGCGCUGACCAAAUUCUUCGUUUUGGAAUGGAGUCAAGAGUUUGACUACCAGAUGUAUCAUAAUUUGCCUAUGCACCUGCUAGUAGUAUAAUAGGCCCUGUUAAUUUACGGAGCUUGGAUAUCCGGGGGUAGCUCAAUCACUCGUGUUUAAUCCCGAUGUUCCGUCUAAUAAAACGCCGGCAGAAAGGUUCCUAGUAAUUCUGAUGUGAUGGUGUCAAUACUGACAGCGUCAAGGCUGAAGGUGGAUCGACUUCACUUUGGCCUGCUUAAUCCUGUGCGCCUCGCAUGCAUGUUGAAAUGUAUUUCCCUUAUACUCAAAAUCUCUUGAAAGUUUUCCACAAGCACUCGC